GAGCCUCUUCCUAGGUAACAGUCGCUUAUGUCCAGUCACGCGCCGUUUCCUCGGGUUUGAUCAUGUUUGUUCAUCACGUUUUGGGGUUUCCCAGGGAAAGGUGAUGUUUUGCUCUGACCUUCUGUGAUCUCUGCAGGAUCGUUCAGCAUGAGGACUAGAGGAGCGGACUGCCAGGGCUAAAUCUAAGAUGGAAAUGAAGCACAGGCCGCUCCAGGGAUCGUAGAGGAUCUUCAGGCUGUAGUGAUGUCAGAUGCCAGGGCCUGGAACAGCAACAAGAUGGCAAUGAUCUACAGAUAUGAGGCCUAAAAGCACCAUUAGAACUCUAAUGGAUAUGGUCCCAGGGAAGCGGAGAUUUGGCAUUUACCGCUUCUUACCUUUCUUCUUCGUCCUCGGAGGGGCCAUGGAAUGGUUUAUGAUCAAUGUUCGAAUUGGCAAAGAAACGUUUUAUGAUGUGUACAGAAGACGCCAGUCAGAGAGAUUGUAUGAAGAAAAAGCUUCACUGAAUGCGAAAAGCCAACCAUGACACCUCACAGCGUAGAAAUCAGGAAAGAAAAUAAAGAUUUAUUUUUCAUAAUCGUG